CUCGCAUGGACCGAUCGACCAGUUAACGCGAAUAUCUGGAACCGGUCGGACGCAGGGACUCCGCGAUCACCGUACUGCUGAUAGCGAGUUCGGCGUGUCUGCUGCUCGUAGCAAUCGGGCGUUAUUUCCAUUGGCCGCUCAUAAAUUAGCAAAAGUGAUAGUCCCAGCGUCGCGUCGCGCCGGUUAUCGUUCUUGUUGUUGUUCUUUGUUACGCGUGAUCGUUGGAAUUUCCAGAGAAGCUCCUCCGCGCUCGUGACGUAUCGAGCUUGUGGGAUACUGUUGGAGACUAACCUGAGUUGUGGUUCUCGGAUGGAAAGUGAUACGAAAUGUGGACGAUCGUGCUGAUGUUGUUAGUGGGAUGCUGGGCGCACCAGAUCGUUGCCUCGGAUGGCAUCGUUUUCGAAGAUAAUAUGCUUCUCGAGGGCGAUCGCUGCCAGCUACGCAAUGGCCGGCCCGGUCAAUGCCGGAUUCAAUCGGCAUGUAAAACGGUUGGCACCGGCGGGCUCAGUCUUUGCCGAUCCGGCGGUUCCCAGCUGGUGGUCUGCUGUGAUGUGGUCCAACAACAGUGCGAUGCUGUCAGUAUUUCAGUGGAGUCCCGAGUUCGGGAUCACCUGGUAGGAGUGACGGAGAAGGCAGACGUCGGAGAGUUUCCCUUCAUGGCUCUGGUCAUAUACAACACUACCGAGAAUCGCUGUGGUGCAACGAUCAUUUCGGACAAGUUUUUGGUGUCGGCUGCCCAUUGCUUUAAAAAGUUUUUGUUUCCCAUCAAAGUUCGCGUUGGGACAACCGAUGCGGAUGAUGAACUGGCCCGUACAUAUGACAUUGUAAAAAUUCACAGACAUCAGCGAUAUAACUCGGUGAGGCGCGUGAAUGACAUCGCUUUGAUUGAAGUGCGAGACAGCAUCAUAAUGAGCCGUUCGGUUCAGCCCAUAUGUCUGUACACUGAAAGCACGGAAUUGCCGGCAACUCAGAAUCUCACUGUGAUGGGCUGGGGCGUUGAUGAUACAGAAUCAUUAAAUGUUUCCAGAUCUUUACUGAAAGGUGUUGUUCGGCCGAUUCUCCGCAACGAUUGCUUUCAGCGUUUGAACAAGGAUAGCUCAUUUGUGAGAUUUAACAUAACGGAUGGCCACACCUGCGCCCUGGGAAGUGCGAAUGAAAACGGCGAGGCAACCGACGCGUGCCAGGGAGAUUCCGGCGGGCCACUGGUUUUGAGUCAAAAUGACAAGUACUAUCUGGUGGGGGUGGUGUCCACUGGACCUGCGUGUGGUGGAAUCGACCUAGCCGGCAUUUAUACGUGGGUUUCGAAAUAUAUGGAUUGGAUAAUUGAUCAAAAAGUUUGGCGAAACAGUUUACGGUGAAAGUCAACAAUUUGAUAGUCAGUAAGCAUUAAUAUCUUAUUAAAAUUGGAUGUAUUGAAGUUUAAAA